AUGUCUCGAGUCGUAACUGACGGAGACUUGAGUCCGCAGCGCCACUUUCCGCGGAACCGCGGUCCUGCUUACGUGUCCGCUCCUCGGGGAAUCCAAUACCCAGAGGACUUAAUCUCCCCGACCAACGCGGGAGUCGCACCCGGCCGAGCGGGCGAACAUGUGCGACGGCCAGCCGGUCGCACGCCGAUUCGCACGGUGCAAGAAGGCCAUCAGCUUACCGAAGGCGACGACUUCGCAGACAACCGAGGCGGCGGCCAGAGGAGAAUAACGAUCCCCGCCGGAGGUGGCGGCGGGGGAGGCGGCGGAUAUCACGGAAACACAUCGCCGCUGCGCAAUGCCAUUCAUGGGCGGUCCGAGAGUCACUCUGGGGAGUCGGGGGAGCGGGGAGUCCGCGCGGAGCACGCGGCGGACCUUCAGCCGCGGCGGGCGGCGAGCUCCAACGAGGCGGGGUACGGCCGGCCGGCCGCGCUUCGCCUGGACGCUGAUAUGAUCAAGGCCGGCAGGAAGGAUUCGCUGAGCCCUCGCCGCAUGGUCAAGGUCGCCACGCCCUCCGCGCAGCCCAGCGGCGCCGCUGCCCGCGCAGGGGGGCCAGGCGGGGGCCCCGGGGGGCCCGGGGGCGGGGGCAUCGGGGGAAGCUUCCAGGCGUCGCGGGGGGAGGCGGAGCACAUGCGGCGGGUGGCGGAGCUGAUGGAGGCGGUGCGGGAGAACGACGUUGACCUGGUCAACGUGGUCCUGCAGGAGGCGCCGUCCCGCACCGCCCUGCUCAACACUGUUUAUCCAGCGUCUCAGCGCACAGCCCUGCACGAGGCGGUGGUGGCGUCCAGCACGGAGGCGGCGGGCGCGCUGCUUGAGUGGGGCGCUGACCCUGACGGCGGGCAGUCCGCGCAGAUGCCGCCCAUAAUGUACGCGGUGCAGACGGGCAACGACAAGAUGGUGACGCUGCAUGUUGCUCACUCCCCUCCUUUGGCCCUCACUGCUGCUCUCCACUCGCCCCCUCCUCCCGUCCCCUACCACACAGAUGCCGCCCAUCAUGUACGCGGUUGCUGUGGUGCUGAUGGCCUCUGGGCCAUCAACGCGCAGGACGCCAAGCAGUACACCGCGCUGCACUACGCAUGUGCUGCUGGGCACAGGUACGGCCAUGGGGCACAGGCGCGCUGGGAGUGUGGUGGUGUGAGGCUCAGGUGCAGUCAUGCGGCGGCACAGGUUGCCGUGCUGCUGGUGGCCUCCUCUGAGCCAUCAAAGCGCAGGACGCCAAGCAGUACAACGCGUUCGCUGCACUGCGCCUGUGCUGCCGGCCACAGGGGCAUAAUCAAGCUGCUACUAGUAGCGGGCGCCAACAUGUAUGCGCGCAAUCGCGACGGGCUGUACCCGCAGCAGCUGGCGUCAACGGACCGCAUCCGCACGCUCUUCCGCAAGCUGCACGAAUACCACCAGCGCCACUGCGCCUCUUCCCCCCCUGUCCCCUCUUCCCUCUCCCCCUCCCCCAACAGAGGCAUGAUCAGCGCCACUGCUCCUCUUCACCCCCUCUCCCCCUCUUCCCUCUCCGCCCCUUCCUCCCCCCCUUCCCCCCCUCCCGCCCCACCCUCACCGCCCCCACCCGCUCCCCCAGGGGCAUAA